UAGAGUUUCAUUGCGAUUGUAACUAUUGGAAUAAAAGUGCUUGUUCUUACAUUACUUCAAUAAAUAAUAAAAAAAAUAACUAUCAAAAGAAAUGUUUGGAAGUGCACGCAAACAGCUGUUGAUACUCAGCGUAAUUGUGAUUGUUUCAUAUGCAAAGGGAAAUGAAUUCCCUGACUGUGCAACAAGUGAGAAUCCUAUUGCGUGUCGUAGUGUUAGCUUUUUGUCAAAAGCAUUAAAUCAAGUGGUUUCUAAUCCACAUGAUGAAAGCUUGAAGCUUUUACCAGGAUUAGAACUUGUUCAAAAUGAUAACAUUAAUACAGUCAACAAUGUCAACGACGAACGUUCAAUGCCAGAGCAAUCGAAUGAACCAAUUUUGUUAAGAGUCGCCAAAUAUCUUCAAACACAUGAUUUGAAAAUCAAAUUCUCUGAUAUCAUCGGAAAAUCAGAUUUGCAAGAGGUUGUCAAUAAUUUGUUCAGCAAUGAUGACCCAGCACUCGGAGAAGCUCGUAAAGGAGGCGGAGGUGGAAAGGAUAAGGGAGGUGGAGCAAUUUUGAUGUCAGGUUUAAUGAUGGGAAAAAUGAUGGCAGCUAUGGGGCUUGCCGGUGUUGGAGCUUUGGCUGCUAAAGCUCUUGGUGUUUCAAUGAUGGCUCUUAUGCUUGCUGGUAUUGUUGCUUUGAAGAAGCUCACUGAAGGCCAUGGAGACGGCGGACAUCAAGUUCAUUACGUGUCAGCAGGCGGUGACCAUCAUCGAAGACGCAGAAGCGCUGAAUAUAGUAAUGAAAGGUCUGAUGUUCAUGACUCUAUUGCGCCACUUCCAUACAGAGGUUAUGACAUGAAUUCAUAAUUGCUUCAUAGUUGAUGUAAUUUAAUUUAUUCAAAAACAUUAUUUAUUACGGAGUCUAUUCCGCUUUCCUUCUAACUGCCUCCCACCUUCGCUAAAGCAAGCAAUACUUAUGAAGAAAGAAAAAAAUAAAAAAAAACAUGCAAAGAAUAAAAAAAACAAAUUAUUGAAGAAGUAA